GAGAGAGAGAAGGGGGAUUGACAGAGAGAGAGAGAGAGAGCAGCGGACAUUACUGGCAAUGAGAGCUUCAUCUUCAUCAUCAUCCUCCUCAUCCUCCUGGAUGCAGAGUGUGCAGGACAGCAGUAAUGGAUUUUGGGAUUCUUUGAAAAAAGCAGCAUUUGUGAUUGGAUCGGGUCUUUUUUUCCUGGUGGCCUUCAGGAACUCAGUUACAUGGCAUCUUCAGAGGUUUUGGGGAGCAUCAGGAGAUUUCUGGCAGGCUCAGUGGACCAGACUUUACACAGUGUUUAAUAGAAAUGAGGCAUCUCUGUUUUUCAUCGGAACGAUGCUGGUGCCAACUUUGUUUUUCUGGAUGUUUAACGGCUUCCUGAUGAUCGUAGAUAUGACGGGAAAACCUGCUUUUAUCACACGCUACAAAAUCCAACAGGACAAAAAAAGCCCGGUGGAGGUGGAGCGUGUGUGGAGGGCAGUGAAGAAGGUGCUGUGUAAUCAGUUGUUUUUGUCGGUUCCGUUGCUGGUUCUCACCUACACUGUGAUGUCAUGGCGUGGAGAACCCUGUGCUCCUGAACUGCCCACUUUCCACUGGGUUCUACUGGAGCUCGCUGUGUGUGGCCUGCUAGAGGAAGUGCUGUUCUACUACUCACACAGGCUGUUCCACUAUCCGUUCUUCUACAAAAACAUCCAUAAGCUUCAUCAUGAGUGGACCGCGCCUAUUGGAGUUGUGUCUCUGUACGCACAUCCUGUCGAACAUGUGUUGUCCAACAUGCUGCCGGCUCUGAUAGGCCCAGUUCUGCUGGGUUCUCACAUGGCCACCACGUCUCUGUGGUUCAGCAUGGCUCUGAUCGUCACCUCCAUCUCACACUGUGGGUAUCACCUGCCCCUGCUGCCAUCGCCCGAGUUCCAUGACUUCCACCACCUCAAGUUUAAUCAGUGUUACGGUGUUCUGGGGGUUCUGGACCGGCUGCACGGCACCGACGAUAAAUUCCGUAAAACCAAAGAAUAUGAGAGACACACACUCCUGCUGAGUCUCACACCACUUACCAAGAGCAUCCCGGACAUGCCCAAAAAACAAGUGACAUCACAACCCUGGACACGCCCAAAAAACAAGUGAAAACUAGAAAGGGUUUCAUUUUUCAGAUCCUGUUUCUGCAUCAGUAAUUAAUGUAAAAAUAAGAAGAAAUAAUGAUAGUUUUUUUAAUAUUCUUGUAAAUUCUAUGCUGGUGUUUAUGCUUCACAAAUAUAUUUAAAUGAUUAUAAAUAUCUUAAAGAAACUUUUUAUUCUGAUAAAGUGUUUUAUUUGCUGUUUCAUCCACAACUUUCCCCAAAAUCAGCAUUUUCUUUUUGUUGAUUUAUUUAAUAAUGAAAAUGACAAAACAUGUAAUCAAAUAAAUAAAAUCUUAACAUGAUUAUACAAUGUUUAAUGGUGUAUUAAUGUACAGAUGAUAAUAAAAUAUAAUUCUGGA